UGAGUUUUCUAACCCAGGGGAGGCGGACUUGACUGAGGCCAGGUCAGGCUUCUGGUGUACGCGUCCUUAACCGGUAAGAGCAGCAGCUGUUGAUGCUUGGUGCACUGUGAACUCUUGUGAUAAUUAGACAACAACUGCUUUACUUUGUAUAUCCUCGCACCUAAGGAAGAAAGAAGAUGGCUUGUGCUGAGUAUUCUUUUCAUGUGCCAAGUCUAGAGGAACUUGUUGGAGUUCUGCAGAAGGGGCUGAAAGAUAACUUUGCUGAUGUCCAGGUCUCUGUAGUUGAUUGCCCUGAUUUGACUAAGGAGCCAUUUACCUUUCCUGUAAAAGGCAUCUGUGGGAAACCUAGAAUUGCAGAAGUAGGAGGUGUGCCUUACCUACUGCCUCUUGUAAAUAAAAAAAAAGUUUAUGAUCUAAAUAAGAUUGCAAAAGAAAUUCAGCUUCCUGGAGCUUUUAUUCUUGGGGCAGGAGCAGGCCCGUUUCAGACUCUGGGAUUCAAUUCUGAGUUUAUGCCAGUUAUUCAAACAGAAUGUGAACACAAACCUCCUGUGAAUGGAAGUUACUUUGCUCGUGUUAACCCUGAAGAUGGAGGGUGCCUACUAGAGAAAUACAGUGAGAAAUACCAUGAUUUUGGGUGUGCAUUACUGGCUAAUCUUUUCGCCAGUGAGGGCCAACCUGGAAAGGUCAUUGAGGUAAAAGCCAAAAGAAGAACUGGAGAUCUUAACUUUGUGACUUGUAUGAGACAGACUCUUGAAAACCAUUAUGGAGAUAAGCCUGUAGGGAUGGGAGGUACUUUCAUGAUUCAGAAGGGAAAAGUGAAGACUCACAUUAUGCCUGCAGAAUUUUCUGUCUGCCCCUUGAACUCUGAUGAAGAGGUGAAUAACUGGUUGCGUUUUUAUGAGAUGAAGGCUCCUUUGGUUUGUUUGCCAGUUUUUGUCUCCAGGGACCCAGGGUUUGAUUUGCGGUUGGAGCACACUCAUUGUUUCAGUCACCAUGGAGAAGGUGGACACUACCACUAUGACACCACCCCAGAUACAGUGGAAUAUCUUGGAUACUUCUUACCUGCAGAGUUUCUCUAUCGCAUUGAUCAACCAAAAGAGACCCAUUUAUUUGGGCGAGAUUAAAUCAACUAAUACUCAUUUAGAAGAAGAAAUAAUUAACUAAGGUUAAUUGAUUGAUUACCUCAUUGAUACUAAUAUAAAAUUCAAUAGAAAUGAUCUAUCUCACUACUUGAGCCCUAUUUCUUAGGGCCACUCCCAUGGCAUAUGGAGGUUCCCAGGCUAGGGGUCCAAUUGGAGCCGUAGCCACCAGUCUACGUCACAGCCACAGCAACGAAGGAUCCAAGCCACGUCUGCAACCUACACCACAGCUCAUGGCAACGGCAUAUCCCUAACCCACUGAGCGAGGCCAGGGAUUGAACCCGCAUCCUCAUGAAUACUAAUCAGAUUCAUUCACAGCGGAACAAAUUUUUUUUGCCUUCGAAAUGAGAGGAAUGUUGACAAUGUGUUCUGUGUUAUUUCAAGGAUCUAUAUGAUAGGGAUUAUUGGGAACAAAGACACAUGAUGGAGAUGUUCCUCAUUAAUUUCUUUAUUCUAAAAAUCAGUCUUAUAUUUAUGCUUUAAAUAUAAACAGGAUCAAGAAUCAAGUGAGUAUUCCUACUGGCUAAUGGUAAUAACUUACAUUUGUGUAAUACUCAGUUUUUCAAAUUAGUCUCAGAACCCCUAAAUGGGUGUUCCUGGAUACUAGAAAGUUCAGUGUUGGAAAUGUAAACACUUGUUACUUCUUUCUACUGAAUUUUAAAAAUCCAUUUUAGAAGUCAGAGCACACUUUUCAUGGAAUAAGGUAGUCAGAGGGGGCAACUUCACUCCCUUUAGUGAACCUGAACCAUAUUCAGGAGUUUGCAAUUUGCCUUUCACAAAUAUUGGCAACUAGAUGGUUAGCCAUGAUUCCUCCCUUGUUUGGAUUGUCAACUGGAAGCAAUUUGUACCUCCUUGGUUAUUUACAGAUAGAGAAAAGAAACAGCAUCGAAAUACAGCUUUGAAGUGAGAAUGCUUUCAUUUAUAAGUGAGGCUAUUGCUAAAUAUGACUAACUGUCCUUCAUGAAAUAUAAAAUUAUACUCUUACUGAUUGUCCUGGUUGAAAUUUUCCUGUUUUUCUAUAAUAAUCAUUAGCCAAAACAAGUUUCUAAUCUUGUAAUGCCAACAGUGUGCAGAUUUAGGAGCUUUUUAGUACUAAGCAUAUAAUAAAUCUUCAGUAAAUAUUUUUGUCUUUGGAUGCUAACUAUAAUAUGUAUAAGGAGUAUAAAUUCUUAAGUAUUAUUUAAAAAUAAACACUAGUUUGUAGCAAAAAAUGAAUAAAAAUGUUACUUUCAUAAU